AUGACUGAUGUAGAUGUGCUGAAAAAUGACUCUCAAUCUGAUAAUUCAGUUCCAAAAGCAACAAAUCUAAACGAAAAUUUACUUAUGAACAGUUCCUUUACAAACGAUGAUCUCACUGCUUUACUACGAUCAGCAUUGACAUCCGAUACUGAAUCUUUUCGUCGCGCCGUGCAGAAUUUGAAAAUAACACAUUAUGAAACGUUUCGUCAAAUAAUCAAUGAAUUUGAUGAGCAUCGAAACACUCUCAUAUGGUAUUUGUCUCUAGCUGAUCUCUACGAUCGUAUUGAAGCGUUGCAUGAAUGUGCAUCGAUAAAUUUGAAUCUUGACGUAAAAAACGGCAGAUUGAAUCAAUGCGUUCUUCACUAUGCUGUCGUCAAUGCACAGAAAGAAAAUAUCCGAAAAAUAUUGAACAUGGGCAUUGACACUAAUCUAUCGGAUCAAUACAGUCGAACGGCUUGCCACUAUAUAGCACUAUAUGGAACGAAAUACCGUAACGAUAUUGAAAUAAUGAAACUAUUGACGGACUACGGUGCUUUGACGAAUCUAGAAGAUUUCUAUCAUCGAACAAGUUUACAUUAUGCAAUUUUAACGGAAAACUACAACCUUGCGAAGUAUCUUAUAGGUCUACCGGAGAUCAAUCUUCUAUUACAUUCAGCUUUUGAAGGUUAUACUCCACUUUGUCAUUUAUGCGCGCAAAUUCUCAAUUUAUCCGAGAGUUCUCUAACAACAAAUCAAUUUACGGACAUUGUAGAAUGUGUCAUCACAAUCACAAAUCGAUGCUCAUCUAAGGAGCUUAUUUUCAAUAAUUGUCACAUUGUCAAAAAUGGACAAAUCAAUGCAAAUCUCCUACUGCACAUUUAUCACAGAUUGUCUGACCUUGAAAUGCCGUCGUCACUGAUUGACUUAUUCCAUCGUCUUCAGAUAAUUAUUAUUGGUACUGAUCAAGAUCAUCGUUUGUUUGUGCAAUAUCUCUGCAAAACUCAUUCUUGGCAAUCAGCAGUACUUGCCUUAUGUAAUACACAUAAUGUUGACGUAUCGAAUGCACUUAUUGAAUUCAUUGCUCAUGAUCCAUGUACGGUAUUGAUGAAUAACAUCUCUCCAUUAUCGGAUGUAUCAAUAGUUUUGACGUUAAUCUAUUAUGCCUUGUCAAUGGGCACGAAAGUGUUACGAAAUAUUGUGCCUAUAUGUGAAUAUCGUAUUGGAGAUGAAAUGAGGAUGGGAAAUGUGAAUUUACACACCACAUAUGUAGCAUUUAUUUACACGUGUAUAUGUUAUGCGAGCUUUCGGGUGUUUUCACUAAAGCAUCUAUGUCGUCGAUGUGUUCGUAAUUGUUUUCAAUCAAAUAUUAUUGAUAAAGUAGAAGAAUGUUGGAAACUAUCAUCUAAACUUCGUGAUUACUUACAAAUCUGUGAACUUCAACUGAUUUACUCGAAAUUUGAUAAUCUUUCAUGCGUAGUCAAUCUUAUUGAACAAUUGUGCAACAUUCAUUGUAUGCAUUACACUCCUGUCGAGUCGGAUUUGAACAAGAUACUUGGAGAACAAAGUUUUGUUCAAAAUCCAUCGGUUGAACGUCUAUCUGGAUCAGAGAUUACCAGUAAAACAUCAACUAAUUCAGCAGAAUUGAUUGUCCAAACGAAUUCAUACAUGUCAACAGAAGACUUUCAAACUGAACUAGCUGAUAUAAAUGCCAAACUUACAUUUCAAAUUAGCACCAAAAGUAAAAACAUGAGUAUCACACGAGCUAAAGCUGUCUUAAUCGGCGACGAAGUUCACGUUGCUGGUAAUAAAGAUCAAUGGGGUCGAGGCGGAGCAACAUCUAGUGACGGACAAGCCAGUACUACAGCAGGUUCAUCUAAGAAACCAGUCUAUGGUGUGAUUGAAUUUGAGCAACAAGGUGACACUGUCGUUGUCACAGGAAAAAUCGAAGGACUUGGAGAGAAUAGUCAACAUGGUUUCCAUAUUCAUGAGUUUGGUGAUGUUAGCAAUGGUUGUACAUCUGCCGGUGCACAUUUCAAUCCACAUAAAAAACAACAUGCUGGUCCAGACGAUGCUGACAGACAUGUUGGUGACUUAGGAAAUGUCCAAACUGACGGUAGUGGCGUCGUUAAUGUCAACAUUAAAGACAAAAUGAUUUCUCUCAAUGGUGAACAUUCAAUUCUCGGCCGUUGCUUGGUCGUUCACGAAAAAGCCGAUGACUUAGGUCGAGGUGAUAACGAAGAAUCGAAGAAAACCGGCAAUGCUGGCAAACGCUUAGCAUGCGGUAUCAUUGGUACAGUCAAUCCCGAAAAAAAGUAA